CUAAAUCCACUUUUUUUUUCUCUCCCAUUUUCAACUCUUCUUUUUCUUCUUCUUCUUCUUCUUCUUCUUCUUCUUGUAAAAUAUAAUUCUCUGAAGAAAAAAAAAGAAAAAAAAAAACUCUGUCUAUUUUCUCAAUUUCCAUGUCCAUCAUUCCAAUGCUUCCACACACCGUUGGAUUUGUUUUGAUCAACGGUGGCAAUUAGUUCUUUCUUGUUCUUUUUCUUCUACCUCUUUACCAAAAACAGCCAUGGAAGCCACUGAAGUUUAAUUCAACAUCUGUUUAUCUUUUUAAAGAUUUUCUUCUGAAAAAAAAAUACAAAAUUGAUUGCCCACUUCCCAUAUCCAAAACCCAGAAAGCUUGGAUUUUUUCAGGUGGGAGGUUUUUGAAAAAUAGGGUGGGAAAAAAGGGAAGAUGUUGAGGAAUAGAUCUAGAGCUGUAAGUGGAAAACAAGCAUUAAUGGCAGAAAAUCAAGUUUCAAGAUUUUCUUCUUAUUCAUAUACAAAACCACUUGAAAAUUCCUUGUUUGGAUCACCAAAAUACAAAGCCUUUUCACCAACAAAAAGAGGAAUUGAUGAUCAUAAUUCUGUUAUUAGCCCAACUUCUGUUCUUGAUUCCAACAAUAAACCAUUUUUCUCUUUACAAAAUCCCUUCAUCAAAUUACCAAAUCCCAAAAUUAUUGCAAAAACUACCAGAGUUUCCCCAGAAAUAAUUUCAGGCCCGAAAAAGCCCAUUGGGCUUGCUUUAAUUGAGGACAAAAACGAUGAUUCCAAGCCCACUAAGAGUGUUAUUUUUGGUGCUAAACUUCGUGUACAAAUCCCUCCACCAGGUUCCGCCGUGGACGGUGGCGGUAAUCAUAAUAAUAAUGGGUCGUUGAUGACAGUGAAGGAGAUGGAGGUUUGUGAAGAGUAUACUUGUGUUAAAAGACAUGGGCCUAAUGCUAAAAUCACUCAUAUUUUUGAUAAUUUUGUGGUUAAAACCAUGGUUGAUGAUUAUUAUCAUUAUGGUUCUUCACGUAAUUUUUCUACGGCGGAUUGGAGAAAGAAGAAGAAGAAGAUGAACAACAACAACAAUAACAGCUUUCUUAGGUUUUGUUAUACUUGGAAGAAUGAUCUUCAACUCACCAAUGAUAUCUAUAUUUACAGAGGUGAGAAAGCUUUUUGUAGCCAUGAAUGUCGCAACCAAGAGAUGCUUUUGGAUGAAGAAGAUGAAGAUGAAGAUUGAUCUUGAUUAUAAUCAUUUUCUUCUUCCAUUACAUAAUUUUCACAAAAUUCAUGAAUUUUUUUCUCUUUCUUUUGGGUUUUGUUUUUUUUCUUUUUCCUCUCAUGCAGAUAGAGAUAAAGAGGGAAAGGUGUUUGUAGAGAGAGAGAUAAACUAUGAUUAAAAAAAUAUGUUCAAUAUUUUGACUAAUAUGAUUGCUUGCUUUGGCUUUUACUAAACAAA